AUGGCCGAGAAGGACGGCACCGACGUCGUCUACGCCACCCACGAUGAGAAGAACCAUUCCUCGCACGACUCGCCCGACUCGCCCGAGCCUGAAGGGCCUGGACGUCGCGGCUCCGUUGCCAUGAACAUCGUGGAGAAUCCGCUCAAGGUGAACUUCCAAUGCCUCGAUGUGGACUCGGCCGCAUACGCUGUAUUCUUGACACAGAAGCCGAGCUGACAUAUCCUCUCACAGCGAGCUUCCACCGAGCAAACAGUCGCCGAUGCGCGCGCUUUCGCCGAGAUGCACGGCAUGCAAGGCUAUGCCUCCCUCUUCGGUCGUGCCGCUUUGGUCGCCCGCGACCCCGAACGUUUCGAGUUGGUGAACGAGCUGGAGGAGUCGGAACGCAGCGCGCUAGCGUACGAGCGGGACCACAAGUGGCACGGUCCGAAGAUGCUCUGGUACUCGAUUGCUCUCUGCGCUAUUGGAGCAGCUACACAGGGUUGGGACCAGACUGGAUCAAACGGCGCCAACUUGUCGUUUCCUACGGAAUUCGGUAUUGACGGCAAGGGACGGGACGAGUGGAUUGUUGGCGUUAUCAAUGCCAUCAUUUUCUUGACCGCCGGUCUCAUGUGAGUUGCGCGCACGGAGAUGAGACUCUACCUCCCACCUCGGAGAUCUCGCUGACUUGAACAAAAAUAGUGGUGCAUUCAUUGUCGAUCCUCUCAACCACUACCUCGGACGUCGAGGCGAGAUUUUCCUCACCGCCGCCUGCUUGACCGCAUGCCCCAUCGGCUCUGGCUUUGCCAAGUCAUGGCAAGGACUCUUCGCUGCGCGAUUCGUCAUGGGCAUUGGUAUUGGCGCGAAGAACGCCACCGUCCCCAUCUACUCUGCCGAGAUGGCUCCAGCUCGGAUUCGAGGUGCUCUCGUCAUGUUUUGGCAGCUCUGGGUCGUGGCCGGUAUCUUCUUGGGGUUCUGCGCCAAUGUCAUUGUAAAGGACACUGGCGAUAUCGCCUGGCGUCUGCAGCUCGGCUCGGCCUUCAUCCCAUCCUUCAUCCUCCUUCUGGGCAUCUUUUUCUGCCCCGAGUCUCCUCGUUGGCUCAUGAAGCACGGCAAGAUCGAGAAUGGAUUCAACUCGAUGCGACGCCUGCGUAGCCACCCGAUCAUCGCUGCGAGAGAUUACUACUACUCUUACGUUAUCUAUCAAGAGGAGCUGCGCGAGGCCCGCGGUGCCGGAUACUUCCAGCGUCUCUGGGACUGCUUUGCCAUUCCUCGCAUUCGACGUGCCAACUACGGUGCCUCGACUGUCAUGAUUGCCCAGCAAAUGUGCGGCAUCAACAGUAAGUUCCGAAAUGCAUCCCCUCGGAAUCUUUGAAACUGACAAGCCGCAGUCAUCUCUUUCUACAGCUCCACGAUCUUUGAGGAUGUCGGCUACACUGCCUCUCAAGCCCUGUACGCCUCGCUCGGUUACGGUGCUAUCCAGGUCCUUGCCACCAUCCCUACGCUGUUCCUCAUCGACACCAAGGGCCGCCGAACCUUGACACUUGCGACUUUCCCCGGAAUGUGCAUCUUUUUGCUCGCAGCUGGCCUUUCUCUCCUAAACGACUCCGGCAGCCGAUCAGCGCAGAUUGCGCCCGUCGUGCUGUUCGUCUAUCUCUUCACGAUCUGCUACUCCCUGGGUGAGGGACCAGUGGCUUUCCAAUACUCUGCUGAGGUCUUCCCUACCAUCCAGCGUGAGCAGGGUAUGGCCUGGGCUGUCUGCAUCAACAACACCUUUGCUGGUAUUCUGAGUUUGACCUUCCCUCGCAUGAGGACCGUCAUGACGCAGACUGGUGCUUGUAAGUUUCCAUUCCCGAAGGUCUGCUAUCCUAUAAGACUCUCGCUAAUCCAUCCCGUAGUCGGGUUCUAUGCCGGUCUGAACCUCAUCGCCUGGUUCAUGAUCUUCUGCUUCGUGCGCGAAACCAAGCAGCUUACCCUCGAAGAACUGGACCAGAUCUUCUCCAUCCCGACCAAGGAAUACAUCUCCUACGAAGCGACCGUCUGGCUGCCCUACUUCAUCAAGCGUCACAUCUUCCGCAUGCGCAUCGAGAAGCCACCGCCACUCAUCGAGAAGGCGGAGAAGGUGGAUUAUGUUGUUUCUGGCCCGGGCGCAAAAGCUUAG